AACAAGUCGGCAGCAACAGCAGAAAUAAAGAGUGAGAGAGAAAAAAAUAUUUUUGAUGGAAAACAAGAUGGACGACGACAAGGAAAGAUUUCUUAAGGAGUUUGGGGAGCAUUAUGGAUACCCUAAUUCUCCCAAAAACAUCGAUUAAAUUUGGUCUUCCGAAUUCAAGAGAUUGGAAGAACUUGUUUACUUGGAUCAUGCUGGAGCAACUUUGUAUUCCGAAACCCAGAUGGAAAUGAUCCUUAAAGACUUUACUACUAAUGUUUAUGGAAAUCCUCAUAGCCAAAGCGACACUAGCUCAUCCACUUCUGACUUGGUUAGGUCUGCUCGUCAACAGGUCCUUGAGUAUUUUAAUGCAUCCCCUAAGGACUACAAGUGCAUAUUCACUUCAGGAGCAACGGCCGCGUUAAAACUAGUUGGUGAGGCAUUUCCUUGGACCAAAGAGAGCUGUUUUGUGUACACAAUGGAGAAUCACAACAGUGUCCUUGGGAUUAGAGAAUAUGCUCUUUCUAAAGGUGCUGCUGCUUUGGCUGUGGAUGUAGAAGAGAUUGAGAAUCAGAAUGGUCAUCCUAGAAAUGAUCUAUCUUCGCUCAAGUUAUCUCAGCGUUCUGCACAAAGAAGGAGCAGAACCGAAAUUCUUGAAGAUAUCCCUACAGCAAAUUCUUUAGGUAGUGCUUACAAUCUAUUUGCUUUUCCUUCGGAGUGCAAUUUUUCUGGUAUGAAAUUUAGCCUAGACUUGGUGAAGCUUAUGAAGGAAAAUUCAGAAAGAGCUUUGGAAGGCUCACCAUACUCCAGUGGACAGUGGAUGGUCUUUGAUUAAUGCUGCCAAGGGAUGUGCCACACAACCUCCGGAUUUAGCUAGAUUUCCAGCUGACUUUGUUGCCAUCUCAUUCUAUAAGAUAUUUGGUUAUCCAACAGGGCUCGGAGCUCUCGUUGUUCGUACAGGUAAACAACUGCCUCUGACAUGCUCUAAUUCUUCUUAGACAUAUCUCCUUUGGUGGUAAUUCCCUAUUUUGUAAUUGGAUGAUUCAAUAAACGCCUCUGUGAUUUUUCACUUUACAUCUCCUUGAUCGCUUUUGGAUUAAUAAAUUUGGUGAGAUGUUAUAUAGGUUUUAAUUCUUGUUCUAUGCCUUGCGCGUCGUGUUUUGCAACUCCCAUUAUCUAUGAAAGCUUUGACUCUUGGGAACUUAGAGUUUGUAAUAACAAUCUCAUACCCAGGAGGCCUGAUUGUAGCAAGGAGUUGACAGAAAUCCAACUAUAAGAUAUAGUCGUGCAAGGAUGGGUAAUAAUUAUAAGGUUUCUAAGAUUUUAGUUAUGUUCUCUAGAUAAUUUGGAAAAAUAAUCGUUUCGCGGAAAAAGUGUGGAUAAUGUCUUAAGUGUCCAUAAUUUUCCUAUUUGGGCAUGGGAGCAGCUCAGAUUCUUGAACUUUGAAAGUCUGGAGACUUAUAAUUUUGGCAACUAAACUUGACAAACAAGCUUGAGAUAGAAACGCCUGCGAGUUCGACCGAGCAGUGCUCUAACAGUUGGGGACCAGAUGUGGAUAUAAAAUUUGUAACUUUUAUAUUAUAAUAAUAACAAAAAAUAAUUUAUUUAAUUCAGAAAAGGAUUUAUUAAGAUUGUUUAUAGCUUA